UUUACAGACACAGUCGUGUCACCAACAACACAUUUUGCCGAAUGUUCAACGUGUUAUAUAGAAGAAGUGUGUCGUCUUGUUUUAAUCGUUUUGUUAGAGUGUCCCUUCGUGUUUGCCAUUACUCCACCAUUGACAUGACAUCUUUCCGACCUAUUGUAAUCAGUGGACCGUCUGGAGGUGGUAAAAGUACACUGUUAACACGCCUUUUCAAAGAAUUCCCAGACUGCUUUGCAUUUAGUGUUUCACAUACAACAAGAAAUCCACGAGCGGGCGAACAAGAUGGAAAAGAUUAUUUCUUUGUUACAAGACCAGACUUUGAGUCAUUAAUGGCAGAGAAUGGGUUUUUAGAACAUGCAGAAUUCUCAGGGAAUAGAUACGGAACAAGUAAAAAAGCAGUAGAAGAUAUACAAAAGACUGGAAGAAUCUGUAUAUUGGACGUAGAAGUUAAUGGGGUGAAAAAUAUAAAAAAGACAGAUUUCAAUGCUAGAUAUGUGUUCGUCAGACCUCCUAGUAUGGAGGUUUUGGUUGAACGAUUAAAAUCACGUGGAACAGAAACAGACGAAAGUUUACAGAAAAGAAUAAAUUCAGCAACAGAGUCUCUGGAAUAUGCUGAACAGAAAGGCAGCUAUGACCAUACUGUAAUAAAUGAUGAUUUAGACAAAGCCUAUGAUAAUUUCAGGGAAUUACUUAUAGAGGAUAUUACAGCACUGCAACAAGCCAGAUUAAAAACAACGAAAUAAUGAUGACUAAAAGAUAAACUUUACUGAUAUCUGCAUUUCUGUAUUUCCAGAUAGAAAAUAAAACAUUCCGUCUUUCUGUUAUGAAAUAAAAAUUGAUAAAACCAAACAUUUUAUUUUAUUCACAAUUAUGAUGUCAAGAAUUUUAAAGGUAAAUGAUUUUUUUCUUCUUCUGGAAAUGCUGGAGUGCCGAUUAUGUGAAAAGGUUGAAUGAUUCUGCAAUAAACUGGUAGCUCAACACUAUUAUACAGUGCAAUUUUUAAGGACUGUUUUUUAUAAUAAUGCAAUUGAUUUUUAGCAGCUAGAGCUUCAUCUUGCAAACAAAUUGUAAAGUUUUGGCUGGAUUAAUUUUAAGCUAUCAUAUAAAAUCCUGUUGAACAGGAAAUGUAAUUGAUUACUGUAUAGCUAAAUAUAUAUGUGUAAGUUAUGUUUAUGGAAUAAGAUCACCUAUUUAAAGCCCCAUUACUUUCUAUGUUCAAUUCUGCAAUGAAGAGCUAUAAAAGCUAUUUGCUGAAGGUUCAGAUAAAAUGACAGUCAUUUCAUGUCAAAACUAUGCCUUAUCCUAAAAAUUCAACAUAUCUUAUGUAGUAAAAGCAAUUUUAAGUGAACUGGUUCUGAGAAGUUAUGUAGUACAAAACAGGUACUGUUGAUUGAGCAGGAGGGCAAAUAUGCUCUCCUUUCAAAUAUUUUAUAUAUCUAUUAUCAAUCAAAAAAAUUUAAGUAAGGAUUCUUCAGUGGUCUAAGGUCCUUCAGCUUUUAUCUGAAACCAAAAUUACACAAAUAUUUCAUUUAUUGAAAAAGUUACAGCUGUGUGUAGGAAAUAGAAAUAUUUUGUUUGAAAUAUGUACCACUUUUGUGUAUAUUCUUUCUAACGGUGCCUGAAUUAGUGCCUCUAUAUCAUAACAAAAUUAUUGUUGCAUAUCAACUGUUUACAUUUUGCUGUAUAUCCAUAAAUGAAUUACCUAGACUGCCAAUGUUGGAUCCAUGAUGUCUGAAGGGGAAUGGGAGAGCAUCACUGAAGAUUAUUGGUAAAAUGUCCAUAGCAGCAGUAAAAUAAGUACUGCUAGUGUAACUACUAUUGAAACAUGGGUGAAAUUUGAUAUCUGACUUACGUUUUUAGAACCAGCAAUCCUUAAUUGAUAAUAAUCAUCCGAGAAUAUACUAAUGGGUGUGGAUGGGGGUUUACAGAAUAGAGAAUAAUGGGCAAAAAAUAUUAAGAAUCUAAGAACAAUGGACCAAGAAAAUAAAGAAUAGAAUAAAGUCAGGUGCUAAAAUAUGAAAACAAAAUUAUGAGGUGCUAAAAUAUGUAAGGAAAAAUGAAUAAUGGGCAACAAGAAUGAAGAAAUAGAAAGAUUGGCAAAAGUACAAAGAAUAGAAAAAAAAUGGCCUAAACAUUAAAGAAUACAAAAAUGAAGGACCAAAUAGACCCUCAUACAAGUGUUUGGAUUUUUGGCAUUUCUUCUGUGACGCUAAGCGCGAAAAGGGUUACAAUAUUUCAACAAACAUAAAUAACUGUUCUUUAAAUAAUGUCACUCCUAAUCUAUUGAUGUGUCUAUGUUUAUAACAAUAAUAAUAGUUGUGGGUAGAAUAUGGUUAACUCAGAUAUUCAUGUGUAUUGUGUAUUUUUAUUUAUAACUGUUUAUAUGCAAGUUGUGGUUAGAAAAUUUGGAAAUUCAGAAUAUAAUAAAUACUGUUAUUGGCUGUGUACAGUAUGCAUUAUACAUAUAGUGUAUUUUUAGGUUUAAUUGUUAUACAAGUUAUGGGUAGAACGUUGUUAAUUAAGAAAACAAUGUAUACCAUACUGGGCUGUGUACAGUAUGCAUUGUAUUUAUGGUGUAUUUUUACAUAUAACUGUUAUGCAAGUUGUGGUUAGAAUAUUGGUGAAUAAAGAAAAUAAUGUAUACCGUAUUGGGCUGUGUACAGUAUGCAUUGUAUUUAUUGUGUAUUUUUACUUAUAACUGUUAUACAAGUUGUGGGUAAAACAUUGUUAAUUAAGAAAAUGAUGUGUACUCUAUAUGGCUGUGUACAGUAUGCAUUGUAUGUAUAGUGUAUUUUAAUAUAUAUCUGUUAUGUAGAUUGUGGGUAGAACAUUGUUAAUUAAAGAAAAUAAUGUAUACUGUAUUGGGCUGUGUACAGUAUGCAUUGUAUUUAUGGUGUAAUUUUACAUAUAACUGUUAUGCAAGUUGUGGGUAGAAUAUUGUCUUUUAUUGUAUAAUUUUAUAUCCCUGACAUCAUUUAGAAUGAAAAUGAUUGGCGAAAUUGUGUAACAAAUCAAGUAUAAAGGAGAAUUUAUGAUAUAGUCACCUUUUAAUAUUAAAAAUAGAUAUCUGAAAGUAUCAUAAAAAAAUUAGAUCUGUAGAUAUCGAUUUGAGAAAUAUCUCUACUUAAAGUUUAGAUUGAAGGCUGAAGCAAACAUUAACUUUACUCAUCUCAAUUUAAGACUCCUGUUGCUUUACAAGAUAAAAGAUGAAAUUCAAAGAUAUUUUUUGAUGUAAAGUAUCAGCAGUAGCAGAACAGUUCAGCAUCACCUUAAUGCUGAAUGGUUUGAAACACACAUCUGGUUUAUUUACUAUUACCCUGGUACCUUUGAUAACUAUUGAUGUACUCUUAGUCCAAUAAACAAUUAAUAUAGACGGGUCCAAACAAAUGUCUUUUGACAAUCAAACAUGUAAAACUUUCAAUCCAAAACUAAAUCAAACAUUAUAGAAGAAGUAUGCUAGAGGUUUUUUUAAAUGCCAGUCAGACUGGAUUCAUUAAUGAAUGGUUAUACUGUUACAGUUAAGAAUAAAUUCAGAAAUAAUUACGAGGUUUUUAUUAAUGAGACUGGGAGAGAGUCUGGUUUUAUAACUGAUAAAUAUAUCUGUUUACAAAUUUUCAUGAAAUCACUAUAAGUUAAUCUCGUAUUUUGUCCAUUAAAAUCAUAAUCAUUUCUGAAUUUAAAGUUUAUAAAAGAAUAUUCUUUAAUUAUUUGCAUAGUGUCAUCUAAUUACCUGUAUAAUCUGGACAACAUACUACCUGUCUUAUCUGAACAAAAUUCUAUCUGUCUGAUCUGGACAAAAUCCUUAUAGUCCCAUAAAUUUGGAUAUUACUGGUUUAUUUUCAUUGUAUUUAUGUUUUGCUUUUUUUUCAUUUGCUCUGCAUUUCAGUUCUUACAGAUUUGUCUUCUCUUCUCUCUAAAGAAUUGUCUUUUCCUGUUCAUAGAGAAAAGAUGGACCAAAUAUACCAAAGGGAUAGUCAAAGUUGUCUUCUCCUGUGCAUCUUGAGUUGUCCCCUCCUGUUCAUACAUAGUUGUCUCCUCCUGUUCAUACAUAGUUGUCUCCUCCUGUUUAUACAGAGUUGUCUCCUCAUGUUCUUACAGAGUUGUCUUCUCCUGUUCAUACAGAGUUUUCUUCUCUUGUUAAAAGUGCUAAUAUUGUGUUCAUGUGAAGGGGAACAACAUUUUGUUUUUGAUAUCACUUAAUGUUGUGAUAACAAUAGGAUCACAGGGCUAUCAGAUACUCAAAACAAGCUAAAUUAGAACCCAAAAAAUUUGAUUUCAAUUUGACAUUUUGCCCAUGGCUGUUCAAAAAAGAUUUUGGAGCCAAAUAAUUAGAUAUGGGUGCUUGCAUUUUCCUUAAAGUGUGAAAAAAGCAAUCUAUAAUAUUUCAUCUAUAGGUGGUUGGGGUCUUCAAAAAGUGCUGAUAUUUAUUAUUCUAAUAUUCUGAACCAAAAUAAUUCAGACUUAAGCUUUAUCAAAAUGAAAGAAUUAGAAUAUUCACUUGUAUGUUAUAUAAGUAGUACUUGUAUUUUAUUUAGAUUUAAAAAUUUACAUACAUAAAAUAUAAGUCAAAAUUUAAUUAUUUGUUGUUUUUUCUGUGUAUUAAUAAUGUCUUUUAUCUUGUUAUAUGCUAUAGAUAAUAAAUAUUCUAAUGCAA